AUGGCGUCGGUAAGGUCCCUAGGCCUGCAUCACCCGUCAGGGCUGCGUCAUGCCAUCGAAGAACAAUUGCUUCCUCAAAAUCCGCCUCCUUCAGCAUACAACUGGGAAAUUACUUCGGAUGAAAAGGGCGACGAGGCACAGGAGGACGAGCUCUUGACCACCGGAAAUUGUGUCGUCUGGUGCCGAGGGGGCAUAUUCAGAAAAACCUUCAAAUUUGGACACGAGAAAGAACCCGUUACACAAGCCCUUUUGGCGUACUUUGCGACUUCCGAGGAUGCCCUUCACAUUGGGAAUCAUAACAAUGGCACUCCAACCAAAGCAGCAGCUCCCGCCGCGCCAAAAUUGGAGAAGGCAUUGGUCGUAUUCCUCAAGACGCAGGCACAUGUCUUCUUUCUCUCGGGCACCAGCCACAUCAUCCACAUGCCAUUUGAAGUCGAAUCCGCUUGCGCAGGGCCUAUUGGAGUUGUCAUUCAGAGAAAGCACAAGGCGGAGAAUCUCGCCCCAAUUGCGCUCAAAUUUCCACGAGUUCCUCCAAACUCCUUUGUAUCAUCACAGCUGACGGCACUCAACAGCUCACAGCAGACUGCCUUCUCGGUUGAAGGGUUGGGGAAGCCUAAAUCUCUAUAUUUUGGCCUAAGUUCCACGCUGGAAACUAUGUGGGACAUGCCUUCAGAGCAGCAACAGUUAUCGCACUGGCCACGCCUUGUCUCGCUCAUGGAUCCGUUGUCUGAUAUUGGGCUGGUUGUUGCUGAGCCUGAACCUCACAGCCGCCGUCCCGCACGCCAGAACAAGUCCACAAAGCCGGCCUUUCUUGAUCCGGCCGAGGAAAUCCUUCACAUAGAACAAAUCAACUUGCCAGGAAGUGAUUGCAGAGCCUUUGAUACCCCCUUAAUACUAGCCGUUACUAUGAAUAGAGAAAACGGUUCCUACACUGUUUGGCGCUUGAAGUAUCUCGAGCAUGAAGAUCCAUUUAUUGGACAGCAGAAGAAGGCAAAAAAUAAGACUGCCAGACGCAGGAGCUCGAUGCCACCUCAAGGCUUCACAAGCGGAACUUCGACACCAGUCCAACAGAAUUUUCGGGAGAGCUUUGGUGCGCCCCUCCCAGGUAAGCGUCAACGGAAGAGCGAAAAAGUUGAGAAGCCGUUGGAUUUGGUGUCCUCUCUCGAGCAACAAGAUAACGAAGGAGCUGGUAUCACCCGAAGAAGCUCUCGUCGUUUAAGCUCCAUGCUUGCGCGAGCAGACCUGUCCGCUUCGCAUGAAAGAUCAGUUUUUGCUGACCAGCCUCUCACUUCCAACACGGGAGCCUCCAAGAGAAUCGAACAUAACGGCCACCACGGACGCUCCAGCUCCAGUUUCCAUCUCAUUCAUCCCAGUCUAGGGAGCUUGCUUGAGGCUCCGCUCGACGCGGCAUUGGAUGAAGGUUUGCACAACAUGGGGCUUGAUGACCAUGAUUUCGAUGGAUUACAGAGUGAGAUUCGGUUCACCAAGAUUCAAACUAUCGCUCUAGAUAGCUCCAAUGUCCGAUAUUCAACCUCGACUCUGCCUGCGAGAUGUCAAACCAAAGUGUUCAUUGUCACGGCUCCGCCCUUCGUUGUAGAUGAGCAAGGACGUACCCAAUUGCUCAUAGGCAUCCAGGAGCCCCUAGAGAAGCGGCUUCAGAUGAUGACGUUGCAUGUUAAAGCUCAGGAAAAGCCAGAUCUUGCUACCACCACAUCCGGAAAGGACCGGUCCAGGUACUCAAUCGUCUCGAUAUCAUCUGGAACACAGUGGAAGGUUCAAAGCGUCGUGGACUCAUCCAAACUCGUUGAUGGGGACUUAUCCGUGAUCCUAGUUCUUUCCGAUUCCGACGAGGGGCACCAUGAAUUGACCGCUCAGGCCCCUUGGAUUGAAUUGACGAAAAUACCGCUUUCCCUGCUGUUCGUCGAUGAUACCAGAAACAUCCAAUAUCGGGGAAGAGUUGCCGAUAGAGAUGUCAAGCAACGAAAGUCGGAGGUCAUGGACCUAUCAAGUGGAGGAAUAGUUGGCAUUCGUCAUCCGCGGAAUUGCGGUAUCGUUGAUGUAGUUGACACGCGUGGUCGGCUUCAUCAACUCGGAAUCCAGCUUCAGCCAAGUUGCCCACAAGUCAAAAAAGUCCUAAACAUUUGCAAAAGUGUGCUGCCAGAUGCUCUUGGCGGCCGCCUUCAUGCAUGCUGGCUUCAUGUGGCACAAUGGCUACAGAAUCACCAGGAUAAUCUACCUAAUGUCGAGUGGUCUGCAACAUCAGUUCUCCUUCUAAGUUCUUUUCUUAAUCUUGGUCGUGAAGAUAACUCUCCGUUAAAAGCGGCUCAGUUAGCUGUUCGAAAAAGAAGGCCUGUGUCUGGAUCUUUUGGUGCUAUUCGAGAGUCAGAGGACUGGAGAGCUUUAGAACUGGGAGAAACUACAAAUUCGCUGGGCUGCCCGGUGUGGAUGAUGAAUCAGGGUUGGCAAUGGGCCUUGGAAGAAGAGCCAGCCGAUAAUGCCUCGGCCCAAAGCGACGCUCUCCUUAGCCCUAAAUUUCUUACGCGCCACAUUGCCUUGUCGAAGGAAUACCUCAGCUCUCCCCUAGGUGAGGCAGCCAUGGGUCGCCAAGGAUAUAUGCCCGUGUCUCUUGCCAGGUCGUCUGCUACCAGACGUCAGGUAGCUGUGGACAUCUUUAUGGCACUCCAUCUCCUCCUUGACGAACAGAAACUAGAUAUCACAACACCUGAAUAUGUCUCUCCAGGCAGAACCGACCUAAGAGUAUUGCUUUGCCAACUCGCUAGAUGGCUCAAAUGGCAAUCUUUCGUCACGAUUUACGAGCUAGGUAUACAGGAGGAUGUCGAUUCGCGCCAUGAUUCGGAACUCAAUUUGAGACCAGCAAUACCACAACCUCCAGUUCGACCUGACAUUUUUGAAUGGAUUCAAUCCCGACUAUCCGGAGUUCGUGGAAAGCCUUGCAUGACGCCUGCCGACAUAUACUAUGCCAGCUCACGAGUCUCCGAGGCUGAAAAAUUACAGGAUAAGAGAUGGGACGCUAUUACUACCCGAACACUGAUGUUCAAACGCUUCUUCAAGAUAAUCAGGCCAAAGUCGACAGCUGUUGAGAUGGUUGAGGCUAUGCAGGACUGUGGCUUUACGAACUUUAUCCUUGAAACACUCCCUGAAGCUGUAUUAGCACCUCUUCAAGAUGCGAUAUCCUUAUGCCAGCCACAUCCACCUUCGCAGUGGCCUCAUCAUCUCCUGGAUCUAGUAAGAAGGAGCGACAUUAGCCUCAUCGUCAAGCCGAGUAGACGACCUCGACAACCCGUGGCGAACAUUUUGGCACCAACCCAUAUGGCUGCGUGGGAUUUCAAAAUGCUAUGUCAGUCCGUAGAAGAGGCAAACAACACGGGCUAUGAUGAAGGUGAAGGUACAGAACGUCAGGCGGUGAUACGAGCGCUUUUCAAGGACGACCGCCGUCUCAACGAAGCCCAAGAUCUGUUGUCAACUCACAAGGCCAGGGUGGUUCGUCUGAAUCCUGAUCCUAGUUGGCCGGAGAGCGAAUACUUGGAGAAACAGAAAGAACUUGUUUCAAGAAUAGCAAUGGGUACACUGGCAAUCCCAGCGGGUCGCGCACUGUUAUAUUAUAGUUUACGAUUCCCUCUCAUAACUCAAAAGUUUCACAUUGGCGGCUUCAACUUGAAUUGUAUAGUCAAGCCAACCAAUGUCACUGUCGGGGUUGACAAAUCACUAUUCACCGAGGAGAAGGUUUGCUGGGGGUUCUUCCACCAAGGCGUUGCUGCGGGUUUAGCAAUCUCGCCCCAGGCCAAAGGGAUCGAUACUUCUUGGAUCUUGUACAAUAAACCGGCACAGGAGCUAAGUAAUAGGCACGCCGGCUUUCUCUUGGCCCUUGGUUUGAAUGGACAUCUGAAGGGAGUGGCCAAAUGGGUCGCAUUCAAAUAUCUGACGCCCAAACACACAAUGACAUCUAUUGGAUUGCUUCUGGGUUUGGCGGCAUCCUACAUGGGCACUAUGGACUCUCUCAUCACACGAUUACUGUCGGUCCAUGCAACGCGUAUGCUCCCUCGCGGCGCUGCAGAGCUGAAUUUAUCCCCUCUCACACAAACAUCUGGGAUUAUGGGCAUUGGCCUUCUGUACUGCAAUAGCCAGCACCGACGAAUGAGUGAAAUAAUGCUCUCGGAGAUAGAGCACAUUGACGAAGAGGACGAAGAGGAGCCUCUGAGGAGCGAAUGCUAUCGCCUUGCUGCUGGCUUCGCGUUAGGGCUCAUCAACUUGGGCAAGGGUGGGGAUCUGAAGGGUCUCCAAGACAUGAAGCUCACGGAGAAGCUUAUUGCUCACGCCACGGCGACCAAGAAUGUUGAGAUUGUUCACAUUCUUGAUAGAGCUUCCGCUGGCGCUGUUGUGGCCAUCGCCCUCAUAUUUAUGAAGUCUGAAGAUCAAAUUGUGGCCCGAAAGAUUGAUGUUCCAGACUCUGUUUUACAGUUCGAUUAUGUGCGGCCGGAUAUCCUGCUCCUCCGCACCGUGGCCAAGAAUCUUAUUCUAUGGUCCAAAAUCGAGCCUACACUUGCAUGGGUCCGCGAUAGCCUCCCUCUUCCAUAUCGCGCCCGACACAAGUUGCAAGGCACGACCAAGCUGCGCUCGACAGAUCUUCCAUUCUUUAGUAUACUGACUGGAAUUUGCUUUUCAAUUGCCCUUCGAUUUUCGGGGAGUGCUUCCACCAGGGCUCGCGAUCUGCUGCUACACUACCUUGAUCAAUUUAUUCGCAUCUCGAACAUCGAAGCUACCCCACGGCCUCAUUCAGAUGCUGCACCCUUGUAUGAUGAAGAACUCGCAAGGUCAAAUGCUAGAAUGUGCCAGGACAUUCUCGCCUUGUCUUGUUCCAUUGUCAUGGCAGGCACUGGCGACAUCUUGGUCCUGAGACGGCUGCGCUCUCUACACGGCAGGGAUAACCCGGAUAUCCCAUAUGGAUCGCAUCUCGCUGCUCACUUAGCCAUCGGAUCACUUUUUCUAGGGUGCGGGACGGUGACAUUUGGUUCCAGCAACAAGGCAAUUGCCGCCUUGUUAAUAUCGUUUUAUCCUAUCUUCCCAUCCAACGUUAUGGACAAUAGAUCGCAUCUCCAAGCCCUCCGCCACUUUUGGGUUUUGGCGACGGAGCAGCGUUGCUUGGUUGCGAAGGAUGUCCUGACUGGGCAGCCAGUAUCCGUGUCUGUGCAGAUCAAGAAGAAGCAAGAUUCUUCCUCUGAGCAUAUUCUAUAUCGUACAACACCUUGCCUCCUACCGCCCCUAGAUCAGAUUUCUAGUCUAUCGACGUCUUGCGGACCCCGAUUCUGGGACAUUGAACUCGACUUUUCCAACGACGAGCUAAGACAAGCGUUUGCUCAGACGCAGAGCAUAUACCUACAGCGACGCCCACCAUCUGAAGGGGCUUUUACAUCCACGCUGCGAACUUUGGGCAGCGACGGCAAGGGAAACAACCCACUCGAGUGGAUCUUUGGUUUGGGCAAACUCCGAAGCGUAAGCUACGCAGAGCGCGCAGCCCUCAUGGAGAGCAACGAGAAGGAACAAGACGCGGGGUCUGCCGUAGAUGCUCGGAUGGAGAUGGAGAGAGGUAUCGCGCAGGGCGGUGACCGAGAACGUCUGGAGGGUGCAAGGCUUCUCUUCGAAUGGGGAGCCGCUCGAGAAAGGCUCCUUAAAUCUGCCGUUCCCAGCGCUCAAGAUAGCCAAGCUACUAUCAAACCUAGCGACUCUCAAGAGACGAUGGGAGAACACGUCACGCCCCAUGCUCCAGGUGGUGACGUAUGGUGGAUGCGGGACAGUGCAAUCGAAGCAUUGAAAGGCCAGGUCUGGCUAGCUGUACGAGACGGAGAUGUUUAG